AUGGAGCAGCAGAUUGAUGAUCUUAGGGAAGAAGUGCUGGAACAUCGAAGUGUAGUACUUCUUGUCGGUGCUGAAGAAUCGGUAUGUCAAUGGAAACAUCCUCAUGUGAUUGUAGUGGCAGAAACAGAGGUCAUUCAGAAGAAGGCGAUUUGCAGUCAGGCAGAAUAUCAUGGAAUACAUGUCUACGUCCAAUAA